CUUGUUUUUUUCUUUUUUUUUUUUUUACUCUCUUCGUCGUCUCCAAGGGGAUUUUUGGGAUCCAAAAGCCCUAGAAACAUCUCCCCCCCCGAGUUAUCAUCUAUCAACCUUUCGCGUUGGGUUUUCCGAUACUUUCACGGUCAUCUCCGGCGUUAGUUUUUCCGAUUAGGCUUCAAAUAUCUCAGAGAUGGCUGCUGCAAGAGCAGGAGGCAAUUCUUUAAAAGAUUACUUGAAGAAGUAUGAAUGUAGUGAUGUUGUAGAAAAGAAGAAGAAGAAGAAGAAGCAGAAGAAGAAGCCAGUUAAACCUGAAGCCAAAGGUGUUUUAGUUGUGGAUGAAGAUCCUGUUUGGCAGAAGCAGGUUGAUCCUGAAGAGGAUGAAAGCGAAAAUGAUUCAGCAGAGGAAAAACCUGUGGUUGAUGAAGACAUUGAAGUUAAGAGAAUGAGGAGGUUGGAGGAAAUUAAGGCAAGGCGUGCUCAUAAUGCCAUUGCUGAGGAUGGGAGUGGGUGGGUGACGUUACCUCCAAGCCGUGAAGACACAGCAUCUGAUAUUUCUCCUCCACGUAGGCAAAGAACUCGUAAUGACUCGCCCUCUCCUGAGCCUGAACCUAGACGCGCGGUUGCGGAUAGAGCUGAAACAGAUAUGUCACCACCACGUCGGAGAAAACGUCACAAUACGCCUUCACCUGAACCUAACAGAAAAUAUGAUUCCGAUAUGUCACCACCUCGCAAAAGAAAAGCCAGGAAUGACUCGCCUUCUCCUGAACCUGAAGAUAAAGUCCCCAAAAAUAUGAGUGAAGAUCUAUCUCCUCCUCGCAGGAGACAGGUUCAUUCUCCAUCACGUGGAUUUAGUAGAAGGCGUUCUGAUUCUGUUGAGUUGGACGAUGAUUUAUCUCCUCCUCGCAGGAAAAGGGAUUUACAUGGUUCACCUGUCGCAGAUGUAAAAAAGGAGAGCAAUGACCUUUCUCCUCCACGAAGAAGACGAUAUCAUUCUCCAUCACCUGAACCGGGUAGAAGGCCUGCAAAAUCUAUUGCCUCAAAUGCUGAUUUGUCUCCUCCCCGCAGGAAUAAGGCUUCUCGAGACUCGGAUCUUUCUCCUCAAAGAAAAACUGCGGAUUCUCGACGUUCUUCUGAAAAUGUGUCCAGGAAUUCCAAUAUUGAUAGCUCUCCUCCACGGAGACCACGCAGAGAAUCACCACCUCCUCAAACAGCUAAGGAGCAACGAAAGACCGGAUUGAUUAGUGGCAAAGACAUUGGAAGUGAAUAUCGAAAGAAAAAGGAGGAUGAACAAUUGAGGUUUAAAAAUAUGGAUUCCGAGCUAACUGGUCAAAAUGCAGAAGCAGUGUUCCGUGACAAGAUCACAGGGAAGCGUAUAACAAAGGAGGAAUAUCUUAAAUCCAAGCAAAAAAAAGUAAUUGAGAAGCCAAAGGAGAUAAAACUGGAAUGGGGCAAAGGUUUAGCUCAGAAGCGUGAAGCUGAAGCUAGACUACAGGAACUUGAGCUUGAGAAGGAGAAGCCAUUUGCUCGGACAAGGGAUGAUCCCGAGCUUGAUCAAAUGAUGAAAGAAAGAGUUAGAUGGGGAGAUCCAAUGGCUCAUUUGGUCAAGAAAAAGCGGCAUGAGACAACUCUUGUGGAUCUAGGAGACGAUGAGAAGAUGAAAGAAUCUGGGUUCAUUAUACCACAAGCUGUGCCUAAACACAGUUGGUUGACGAGAGGACUAGAAGCUGCUACAAACCGGUAUGGAAUUAAACCGGGUAGACACUGGGAUGGGGUCGACCGUAGCAACGGAACUGAGAAGCGAAUGAUUCAGAAGACCAAUGAGAAGAAAGCAACAGAAAUAGAGGCUUAUCUCUGGUCCGUUGCAGACAUGUGAAUCAAGAUUUUGUUGGGAAAAAUGUGGUUUGUUUCGGGAUAUAACAACCUUUCUAAACUGAGGAAGUUUGGGUUUGUAUUUGUUCUAUAUGUCCGAUAACUGAGCCGUUUAGACUUAAGAGGAAUGCUGAUUCUGGUUUGGAAUGUGAGAUAACCAUAUAUAAAGUUUGGCCUGAGUCUUGUACGAUCGGGCUGAUGCAGUUGGUACGUAACGUAAGGAACCAGUCCAAGAAAACGCACUCAAGUGUUUAUUCGGAUUUAUAAUUUUA